CCAGCGGCAGCCAUGGAGUUUUUCGAUGGGGCCAGCUACAACCUCUCCUCCCCUGUGGCUAUGGCCAGGAUGGGUCUGGGAGGAGGACCGCGUAUGCUGGGCUGGAACGUCCCUACGGAAGAGCUCGUCCACAUUCCCCAGCAUUGGCUCAAGUACCAGGCUCCGGAAGCUAUGCAACACUACAUGCUCGGCUUCAUCUAUGUCUUCUUCAUGAUCAUAGCUCUCGUCGGAAAUGGACUGGUCAUCUGGAUUUUCUGCGGUGCACGAAAUCUUCGUACUCCCUCCAACAUGUUUGUCAUCAACUUAGCGCUCUGCGACUUCAUGAUGAUGCUCAAGACUCCCAUCUUCAUCUACAACUCCUUCAACCUCGGGUUCGCCCUCGGCCAGACAGGUUGUCAGGUAUUUGCCAUCAUGGGAUCACUGUCGGGGAUCGGAGCUGCUGCUACAAACGCUGCCAUCGCCUAUGACCGAUACAGUACGAUUGCACGACCUUUGGAUGGCAAGAUGUCUCGAGGGAAGGCAUUCAUGUUCAUCCUCUGUAUCUGGAUGUACGUUACUCCAUGGGUGUUCCUACCAGCCUCACAAACAUGGGGACGAUACGCUCCUGAGGGAUACUUGACAGCUUGCUCAUUUGACUACCUCACCAACACAGACGAGAACAGGUUCUUUGUACUGGUUCUGUUCUGCAUCUGCUACGUCUUGCCGAUGAGCUUGAUUGUCUUCUUCUACUCACAGAUUGUCAGCCAUGUUGUCAACCAUGAGAAGGCCCUGCGAGAACAGGCAAAGAAGAUGAAUGUUGAAUCGCUAAGGAGUAACCAACAGCAACAAAGUCAGUCUGCGGAGAUCCGAAUUGCCAAGGCUGCGAUCACAAUCUGCUUCCUUUUUGUUGCCUCCUGGACACCAUAUGCUGUGCUCGCGCUCAUCGGAGCGUUUGGGGACCAAUCCCUGCUGACACCAGGAGUUACGAUGAUUCCCGCUCUAACCUGCAAGGCAGUUGCAUGUAUCGACCCGUACGUCUAUGCCAUCAGCCACCCUAGAUACAGGAUUGAGUUGGCUAAACGACUUCCGUUCUUGGCUAUAAACGAACACGCUCCGAGUGAAACAGUGUCUACUACCACAGAGACCACUGCUGCCAACACACCAGCUGAGUAAAAUCUUUUUGGUUGGCAGAACUGCAUCUGCUUGCUGGACCAUUAUUCUGGAUUUUCUUUCGAUGCAUAAAUUCUAUUUAGUCCCAUUUAAAAAUUAGUUGUUUUCAAUAAAUCAUAAGACUGUUGAAUAUUUUACUUAACCAUUGUUAGUAAUCGCUAGUCAUUUGAAAUAGAAGUUAAACUUACUAGAGCUCUACAUCUAGUUACCUUUGUGUUGAUGUUAAAUUUUAUUCAAAUUUUAAAUCUUGUGAUUUGAAAGCAGAAAACAAGUAACAUAAUUAAUUGUAAUUAAUCUGCUUGAUAGCAGUAGUUACAAUAAUUGAUGAUAUAACUACAAAAUUAUCCUUCCAAUUGUACUCAUGAAAAAGUAAACAAAAUUUAACGGUUUUUCUUAUAUUUUUUUAUAUUUGGUUGUAUAAAGAGCCAUAGGCUAUGAUAACAAUUUACCGCAAAAAAUGUACUACUGGUACUAAAAAGUAUCUAGCAAAAUAAUAUCUUCUACUCAUAUUUUGUAUGAAAUUAUGCAUGUUUCAUGGCUAAGAUUUGGACACAGAACAUUUCACAUUUACUUUAUUUUGCAUGUAAAAUAUAUUUUUUCUUAUGUUUUAUAUUGCACAGCAACGUAAUUAUGAGGACUAUGUUUGAUAAUUAUUUCGUAGUUAUGUUUAGUUAAGGUAUGAAUUACUUAUCAAGCUUUGUAUCUUUAUAUUAUUGUGUAUGUUUUGUUUAAUUUAGCAUAUAUUUUGGUAUUUAAAAUUUAGUUUGUAAAUUAAUCUUUUUAUGAAAAUAAAGAACUUUAUUGUCUUG